GUGGCUGGAGGCAAGGUAAAGAAACCAGGCAAGCGAGGUCGAAAACCAGCCAAAAUAGACUUGAAGGCCAAACUUGAAAGAAGUCGUCAGAGUGCAAGAGAGUGCAGAGCCAGAAAGAAGCUGAGGUACCAGUACCUGGAGGAGCUGGUUUCGAGCAGAGAGCGAGCCAUCUGUGCUCUCAGAGAGGAGCUUGAAAUGUACAAGCAGUGGUGCAUGGCAAUGGACCAAGGGAAAAUCCCCUCUGAAAUAAAAGCCCUGCUCACCGGAGAGGAGCAAGGCAAAGCUCAGCAGAACUCAGCCAAACUUGCCAAGGCUGGGAAGACAGAAGCAAACAGCAGCAGUCCCUGAGGCCAAUGCAGAACCUGCCGCACCGCAGCAGCGGUAGCUUGGUAGCUAGAGAAGAAUGCUGUUGGGAGAGAAGUGGAUGCAUCCCCGGGUGCAGGGGAGAGGAUCCCCUUCUGCUGCCUGCUCUUGGCUCCCCCUCCACGAAACUCUUUGACUGUGGUGGUUCUAAGCCUGCAUAGAGUGGGGCUUUUGGGGUAAUAGGUGUUUGUGUAAGUGGAGCCUUGUUCUUCCUUUCUCCACACCACCCUCCCCAAAUACAGCUAUGGCAGAAUUGGGGCAUUCUCAGUAAGAAAUGGGGGCUGCUUUUGUGUCAGAGCCCAGACUUAGCCUGGCAUUGUGGUCAGUAGUUACAUGGUUGGUAACCAUUGUGGGAGUCUGAGAGGCUCUGUAAAGUAUAAAAACAAGA